AUGGAGUCAUCGCCCUCCAACUCCAACUCUCCCUUCAAAGCGGCGAUCCCCUCGCUCCCCGCCCCUGUUAACACUCAACUCCAAGCCCCGCCAUCACCACGCACCCAUCGCGCCCUUCGCCGUCUUCAGUCCGCACACACUCUCGGAGCCCGCGCUCGUGAACAAGCCGCCACUCCCUCGCUCAUCUCCCAGCAGCGCCAGCGCGACACCCAGCGCAAUGCCUCACCUACGAGAUCGUCGCCCGUACCCGUACCCGCACCCGUACCUGCACCCGUUGCUUCGAGCUCGACUGUCUCCUCCCAGAGGAUCAAUCGCUCGCCUCAGCGCGAGCGCGCGCGCGGUCGUGCUAAUAGCGAUGCUACCCCGCCCCUCGUCCACCAGAUGAACGUCGUCACGGCCAGCAAGCGUGCCGGGAGUAAGAAGCCCGUCUUCUCGCAUGGCCAUCUUCCUCUUCACCAGAUUAUACGCGAGGGUCCGACCGAUGGGGAUUUCUUGGGUGCUUUGGAGAGCGCGCGGUGGAAAGUUAUCGAUGAGGGAGUCAAGAGCGCUGAAGACGGCAUGUCAACAUUGAGAAUAUACGUCUGGCUUGUCCUCCUUGACGCCCCCAUCUUGUCCACCGACGACUACCUCGCCCUCAUCCACCGAGGAGCAUCCCCCGCCUACUCCAAGAUCCGCAACGACACUUUCCGCACCCUAACAACCGACCCCCUCUUCCGUCGACGUGUCAGCGAAGCCAGUCUAAUACGGCUACUCAACGCCAUUGCAUGGAAGCUCCAUGACUCCCGCGAGGAACAGCGUCAAAGCCGUCCCACCAGCAGCCGAGCUUCCCUCCCAGGCGACGGUAGCAUCUCCGGCCGUUCUCACUCAAACACAAGCAUGUCGUCUCCUAAUGCUCGCAAUCGCGCGCGGGCCUUGACACUCACGACCGAGGGCUCUGAAUCAGGCGCGGGCGCCACGACUCUAGAGCCUGGCACGUACGUCCAAGGCAUGAAUGUUUUGGCCGCGCCGUUUCUCUAUGCAGCACGCAGCGAGGCAGAAGCUUUUGUUGCUUUCUUUUCACUAUUGACUCGCGAAUGUCCGGGAUAUAUCCGCGGUGCUAUGGACGGUGUUCACCGAGGUCUCGCCCUGGUGGAUAAAGUGCUUGCCAUUGUAGAUCCUAAGCUGAGCAUGUAUUUGACUGCCAAGGGACUCUCGGCCGAAAUAUAUGCCUUCCCUUCUGUUUUGACGCUAUGCGCCUGUACACCACCUCUUCCCGAGGUUCUACGUUUGUGGGAUUUCUUGUUUGCGUAUGGACCACAUCUGAAUAUUGUGUGCAUUGUCGCCCAACUCACAAUCAUGCGAUCCCAAAUUUUGCAGUCGCCCAGCCCCAACAAGGUCUUGAGAUCUUUCCCCCAGCUCAAUGCCGACCUCGUCAAAACCGUCACCAUUGGCAUUAUCAAGAAAAUUCCAGAUGAUGUUUAUGCCGAGAUUGUGUCCCACGCUCUCUAG